CUCCUCCUACAUAUCGCAGACAUAUAAGCGUCCUUGAAAUCCCUAUGUGUGCAACGGCUUGAAACGUUUACAAUUGCUCCAAAUCUUCCAAAGCAUCCUAUAAAGGCCAAAUCCGCCUCAGACCCCAAGAAAACAGUAUGUGCCAAUAUACCUUCCACAACAACCCUGACUGUGGCCAUAUUGCAAACUUCAGCCUUGACAUCUGUGUUGAUAUGAUGAAUGCAAUGCGCGAGGGCACCAAGAACCCUCCUGACCACAAGGUCACCACUGUCCAUGACCUUCUGCCGAAAGGUCCCUUUUACCAGUGUCGUCCAUGUGAGGGUAAACUUGCCAAGGUGGACACCAACUGUUCAGACUGCUCCGAUUCUGAAUAUGUCGUUUUGGAGGGUCAAAACGCAGGUGUCCCAAUUGUGCACAGCUAUAUGGAGAUGUGCCUGAAUGAGAAGAAUACACCACCCGAUGGUUGUGACAACUUCGUGCAUGUGAACCAACCGCCACGACUGGGGACCCCUACCCCGGCACCGAAACCGAUGUCUGCCAGCCAAACUCUGAAAAUGAGGGAUCUGGCUAGUAGUGAAUCAGAGAUCCAUCCACCGAUCAACAUGAUGGAAACGCUGGAAGGAUAUGAAGAUUUCCUGAAGAAAUCAAACGAACAAUUUCGUGCUCGUCGCCCGCCUUCCACCCCGAUUCGCAGUCCAGAGUCAGGGAGCUACGGGGAUAUACCUGUUGCAAACCAAUCGUGGUAUGCGAGUGAUUCGGACACAGAGACUGACCAGGUGCAAUCUCCCCGUCCCCUUGGCUCUCCUUUCAGCUCACCACAUCGGGCCCCACGACCAAAAGAAGCCCCAUUGCGUGUAUCCGACUUGAAUAGCCCACCACCUAGUCAACAGCCAGGCUAUCUCAAGGCAACCCCCCAAUUGACCAAGGCAGGGAUUGAGGGCGAGGCUGCACCUGUUUAUCGAUCGAACGGUGCCACAACUCCGCCCAACCAGCAAUGGUAUUCGACGCUGCUUCCUUGCACACCUUCUCAUCUGAUCAUCCCCCAACGCUAUUCUCCACCAUCCGCACCGCGCAAGACUCAUCGGACAGAAUAUUCGCAGUAUAACCCGGUGGACACGUCGGGCAUCUCUUUCCGCCGCGAGUACAGGUUGCCGCGCCACGAUGUUCUAAAUACAGUCCUUCAGUCCCCACCGUCGCAAUAUCCUGAAAGUUAUAACAGAAGCUAUUCAAGACAGUACUGGGGUGCCGUAUCCGCUAUGACUCCUGCGUGCGAUGAGCGAUGGUGAUACCCCAUCGAUGGCAGUAUAUGGGGGUUCGAUGACUCAGCACCUACCAAGUUCAUAUUUCGGUCUUGUUGCGGGUCUUAUUUAUACUAUAUAUACACAAAAAUUACCCAUGGAUGCAUGCGUUCUGUUUCACUGCUAAUCGAUUAUCUUUCGGGUUUUUUAUGCGAAAGUGAUGGCGAUGAUAUCAGUGACAGCCUGAGAAUUUGACUUGGUGUUUCACCUUGAGUUAUUAGAGUUAUUGGUUCAAAGGGUUCGAUAAUAUCUGACAGUAUAAUUGUUAUGAAUUGUCAGUUUUGGUUAUGGUUAUUGCAAACGGAUAUUCAACCCACAGGUUCAAAUCCUUCUGUUCUGUCCCUAUCAUAUUCUGUAGACUGAUAAUCACACUACAUAGCCGAAGUAAGCAGUAGUCAU